UGUUUGCAAACGGUAACCGGGGCAACGGGCGUACACGGAGCUGCGCCACAGAAAACCGGCAGAGCUGAGGUCUGUAGUAUAUACGACGCGACGCUACUGGCUCAUCGUCAGGGGGAACUUCGUCCGGUUGACCCGUACUACGGAGGGCGGACAGGUUUAACCCGGGACGCGUUGCCAUGGUGACUUACCCUGGAUCCUGAAACUGCUCCGAGCACCGCGCGCGUGCACACAACAACCCAAUCGGUGUCGGCGUACAAGGAAUGAAAGAGGCUCCCUCCGCAGACAGGGAAAAGGGCAGACAGCUGCUUCCAGAGUUUUCUGCAGGUUGGAGUGGACAGAGUUGUGCAGGGAGAGUCAGACAAGGAGCAGUGUGACCCAGUGGAGAAGCGUGUUGACUGCAACUUUACCUGCAACUUCCACACUGACCCAAUGACGCUCACGCUCUCAGCGACAUGGCUCCUAAACAGAUCACAUCAAGGGAAGAAGGCAGAGAGCUUCCAGAGUUUUCUGCGAGUCGAAGUGGGCCGAGUUCUGCUGGGAGAGUCGGACAAGGAGCAUUUCGACCCCGUGGAGCAGCGCGUUGACUUCAACUUGACCUGCAACUUUCCCUACCCCAACGAUGCUCACGCUCUCAGCGACAUGGCUCAUAAGCCGAUCAUAUUGACGGUGACUGAGGUCCUGUCUGAGGAGAGGAAAGCUGAGGCAAAGCCAGCGGUGCUGGGCCAAGCUGUGGUCGACCUGCUGCCGCUGCUGCAAGGUGAGUGCAGCUUCUCAUGCACUGUCCCAAUGAAUCCAGUCACUAACUGCCCAUCCAAGGAGUUCUCUCAGCAGUCCACCCUGGAUGUGAGCGUCAGUUUGUCGGCUCCAGUUCUAUCCGAGGCUGAAGUGUCAGCCUCCAGCCUGCUGAAGGUGAGCAUAGAGACGGCCUACUCCGUCCCUGAGUCUUGGAUGAUGGCCCACACGCCCUUCAUAUACACCGCUGCUCUGGAGGUCCCACUUACGGCAGAGAAAGAUCAGGUGCUUGUGUUCUGUGAGGGGCAUCUGAAGGCGGGCGGGCAGAGGGAGGAAAAUGGCAGACAGAGGAAGAGGCCCCAUCAGGCCCUGCUGGUCCCAGGAAACCACUUCACGCCCGGAGCCUUUUUCCAGGAAGAGUCCAUUGAGCUGGAGGACGGCGAGCUGACUGGCCUAGAGGACCGGGAGUUUCGUAAUGAGGCGGAAACCACGAAGGGCAGGGUGAGCUGGGACACGGAGAUGUGCUGCUUCCUGGAUGAAGGAGGAACUGCUAGGCUACGGCAGAGGAUCUCUGAGAGCAGACUGUGGCCGGUGGAGAUCAUGAGGGUUCCACAUGGAAAGGCAGUAACCAAGCAGAUGACCGAUGAGAACCCAGAGAUCCCCUUCCAUGGUGUGGCGUUUGUGGACCUAGGGCGGCUGCUGGGUCCCGGAGUCAGCCGCAUCCGAGGAGCGUUCAGAAUUCAUCCCUUCUAUGAGGCGGAGCUGCUCAAGAAGGCCAAGAGGAGUCUCAGUGUGUUGAAGGAGCAGGCCAAGGCUGCGUCCAACCAGAUAAAAGGUCGUGCCUGCUCGGCUGCAGGCUCUCUCAAGGCCAAGGCCGCGAAGAAGGUGAAUGGAGGAAACAAGGGGGCCAAGGAUUCAAAGGAGUCAGCCAAAAAGCAACCCUGCAAUCAGAGCAAGAUGACUGCAGUCGAGAGCGUUGCCGAAAGCCUGGCAGAACCCGAGCCGCACGUCAACGCAGAGGGAAAUAUGUAUGAGGAAGCCAGAACUUACUUGAUCGUUGAGAUCGCCUUGGAGAAACCGCUGGUACCCAACACAUCUCCAGAGGAACUGACUAGAAGGGUGAAGGCAUUGAUUCCACCCAGACCUCCAGCGGGUCCUUGCAAAGCCGAAAAGGCUGUGCUCGACUUCCACAGGCAGGUAUGCAACGUGGUGACCCAAGUUUCGGAGCAGUAUAUGGAAUUAUUUGGAGCAAGGUGCCGGCCAGCGGGGGAUGGCACCCGGGAGCCAAUGAAAGUUCAGCUGAUGGGAGCGCUCAACGUCUCCGGGAGAUACUUCGCCUUCAAGGAACAAAUGAAGCACGCAGUGGUCGGGCUCGUACGUGACAAGCUGCAAAGACGGGAGCCAUUGACUGACCCUCAGGAGCAAAAGGCUUUUGUAAGCGAGCUCUACGUGUACCUGGUGGAUGAGAUGCACAUUGCUCUCAACAAGAUUUAUUCAGAUGACGUUGAUGCUGACCCCCCGGAUGCAAUCCACUUGAGCUCUUCUCAACUGGAACAUUUUGCAGAGGAGGCUCUGCUGACUGGGGAUUAUGAGCAGGCGGCUCAGUACUACCAAGAGCUCGUGGUGAGGCACCCCAUUGACCCCUCCCACAGAUUUGCGUGGGGGAGCCUCUACAUGCUGACCAGAGACUACAUGAAGGCCAAAGAGUGUUUCCAUGCCGCUGUGUCCAUCCAGCCGGCACAUCAGCCCAGCCUGAUCAUGUGUGGCGUCGUGGCAGCGACGUUUGAGCAGUACGACGAGGCUCAGACCUUCCUGGAGCGGGCGGCACACAUAAACCCGCCCAGCGUGGUGGCCUGGACGCUGCUGGGUUUACUCCACGAGAGCCACAACGAUUCCAUCCUGGCCGAGUGGGCUUUCCUGGAGGCCAGAAAGCAGCUGGAUGCAGACCAGCUAACGCAGGCAGAGGAGGAGGAGAGGAUACACAGAGACCAGAAAGACAAGGAGGAAAAAGAGCAGCCGGCGGAAGAGGAGACAGCCACACCUCCGCAUCAGUCUCGCGCUGUUGAUGAAGAUCCAGAUGCCCCGGACUCGGAGGUGGACGGAGACAUUUUGUCAGAAAGUACCGACUCUUCGUUAGCUCCAACAAAAUUCUCCACCACCAUUUACAUAGAGACUGUCAAGUUCCUGCUGCAGAACAAUGCUCUGCAGAUGGCGGAGCUCGCUCUGUCCCAAGAGCUGCUGAGUUCAGACGGUGGUCGCAGUGUCUCCUACAUCCUUCAUCUGACCCGGCUGCAGCUGCUGACAGCUGACUACUGCAGUGCGGCUGAAAACCUCAGGGAGGCGCUGUCUCGUGGAGAUCAGCGUUGUCCACCCUGUGAGCAGGAUGCGGACGUGUGGGCUCUGAGUGGUCACUGUCACUAUCUGCGAGGGGCAUUGAGUGAGGCCCAGGAGAGUUAUGAGCAGAGUCUAAAGUUCCCGCUGCAGCCGCCAGACUCUCACCUCGUCCUCCUCCGCCUGGGAUCCGUCUACCUCCAGCAGGGGAAGUUUGAACAAGCCAAAGGUGUGUACCUGCAGGCCUGUGAGCUGUCGCCGUCCUGCCUGACCUGGCUGGGUCUGGGCACCGCCUACUACCGGCUGGAGGAGCUAUGCGUAGCCGAGGAGGCUUUGACCGAGGCCAACCGUAUGAACAACCAGAACGCAGAGGUGUGGGCCUUCUUGUCUCUGAUUUGCCUCAGGUCUGACAGACAAGAGGAAGCAGAACAGUUUUACAAAUUUGCAAAAAGGUUCAACCUGCGGAAGGAGUCACUCCUCAAAGAGUUCAACGAGCUGAAGCAUCAGCGCCGCUUCAGUCAUCUGGUCUCGUGCUUUGGAACGAGCUCUGAAACGGGGCAAUUCAAAUAAAAAGAUUUAAGAUAUAUAAAUAAGAUAUUUUAUUGUAUUUUAACAUUGUUUACUGUGUUUUAAGACUAAUAUGCACACGAUCGUUCAAUGUGUAUAGAACAACUGCAGUAUUGACUUAUUUACAAAUGUACAGCAUAAGAAAGGGACAAAAAAUGGCAUUUACAGAAUAUGUUUUUGUUAUGUUUUUUUUAAAUCAUUAAUGUUCGCCACCUAAACAGCAAAACAAGCCUCAUGAGAGGCUCUUGCCUCGCUGCUCCAAAAAAACAUUCCUGACAGGUGUUGGCACAAUCCUCUCUGAAUAGGAUGAAAAUGAUAUGUAGAAUAUAAUUUUUGGCUACAGUGUUGCAAGAACUGCAUUUUAGAAUAUAAUUCUUAUAUUCUUAUAAGCUUGGAAAUUGUUGCAUCCAAAAUGUAAGUGUGACUGUAAACGUAGUGCAAAAAUAUAUUACCUGUAGCUUUAAAAGAAAAAGGAAAAAUACAUUAUUGAAGUGGCCAUUUUUCCCAUAGCAUGAAUACUUAAAUAAAAAAAUACUAUCAU